AUGGUGAUGUGGGUAUUUGGGUAUGGCUCUCUUAUCUGGAAGGCUGGUUUUAACUACGAUGAGCGCCUCGUCGGCUUCAUCAAAGGCUAUCGCCGUGUCUUCUACCAAGGCAGUACGGACCACAGAGGGACGCCUGAGUAUCCAGGCAGAACAGUGACUUUGGAACCUGCAGAGGGAGAAGUUUGUUGGGGAGUUGCCUACAGGAUCUCAAAUAAGGAAGAUCAAGAAGUUGCUAUAACGUAUUUAGAAGUGAGGGAGAAGCAGUAUGACAAGAAGGCUUAUCUUGAUUUCUUCACCGAGCCAAAUGCUACAACUCCAGCUGUUUCAGAUGUAAUGGUAUACAUUGCCUCUCCAGACAAGAAACAUAAUGUGAACUAUUUGGGCCCUGCGUCCAUUGAAGAGAUUGCCAAACAAAUUAUUCAGGCUGAAGGCCCCUCGGGGCCUAAUAGAGACUACCUGUUCCAACUUGAAGAGGCCCUUGUUCAAUUUGGAUGCAAAGACGCUCAUGUAAUGGAUCUUGCAAGCGAAGUGAGGCGCAUCCUUUCAGAGAGGGAGCUGGCUUCAACAUGA